GUCCCCAUCACACCAGCCACGAGUCACAGCCACCUGGGGCCAGAGGGCUGGGCUGAACCUCUUGGGGGUUUCCGGGGGCUUGAAGGGGGGACUGCAGACGACAGGAGGAUUGCAGCCAGCCCCCAGCGCAGCUCAGCAGCGACCUGCCCUCUGCCUCGGCACCCAGAGGAGUCGAAGGUUUUCCUGAGAGCAGGUGUGGGUCCCACGGCAGGAGGUCGGUGCUGGUCUGGUCGCUUCCCAGAGGAGGCGCCGGCUGCAGCCCCAGGGGUUGCGACCUGUUGGGAGGUGGCCCCAGCCUCUGGCCGCCGACGCCCGCUCUCCGCACCCUGCCUUGGUGGGCCGGAGUCGAGGGCGCGGACUCCGCCGCUCCGCCUCGGCUGACGUCUGCCCUGAGGAGCGGCACAACAGCCUCGCACCCCGGGAGCCCCCGAGUCCUCUGCCCCCAACCCACAGGAUGUCCAAGCAGGAUUUGAGCGUCACAGCAAAACUCAUCAACGGAGGCGUGGCGGGGCUCGUGGGGGUGACCUGUGUGUUCCCCAUCGACUUGGCCAAGACGCGGCUUCAGAACCAGCACGGGACGGACACGUACAGAGGGAUGACGGACUGCCUGGUGAAGACAGCGAGGGCCGAGGGCUUCCUGGGCAUGUACCGAGGUGCCGCCGUGAAUCUCGCGCUGGUCACCCCGGAGAAGGCCAUCAAGCUGGCGGCCAACGACUUCCUGCGGCAGCUGCUCCUGGGAGACGGGACGCAGCGGAACCUGAGGAUGGAGAUGCUGGCGGGCUGCGGCGCGGGCAUGUGCCAGGUGGUGGUCACCUGCCCCAUGGAAAUGCUGAAGAUCCAGCUGCAGGACGCCGGGCGCCUGGCCUCCGGCCCUCAGGGCCCAGACUCGGCGCCUUCCUCCCCGCCGUCCGCUCAGAAGCGCCCGUCCGCCACCCUCAUUGCCCGGGAGCUGCUUCGCACCCAAGGCCUGGCUGGGCUCUACAAGGGCCUGGGGGCCACUCUCCUCAGGGACAUCCCGUUCUCCGUCAUCUACUUCCCUCUGUUUGCCAACCUGAACAACCUCGGGGUCAGCGAGCCGGUGGGGAAGGCCUCCUUUGCCCACUCCUUCGUGUCAGGCUGCGUGGCCGGUUCCGUGGCUGCUGUCGCUGUGACCCCCCUGGACGUUUUGAAAACACGAAUCCAGACCCUCAAGAAAGGCCUGGGGGAGGACAGCUACAGCGGCAUCGGAGACUGUGCCAGGAAACUCUGGGCGCAGGAGGGGCCGUCCGCCUUCCUGAAGGGCGCGGGCUGCCGGGCGCUGGUCAUCGCCCCCCUCUUCGGCAUCGCCCAGGGCGUCUACUUCGUCGGCAUCGGCGAGCGGCUCCUCGGGUGCUUCGCGUAGACUCGCAUGCAGCGCCGUCCCGUCCGGCCGGCUCCCGGCGCUGGUUGGAGCAGCCGGGAGCGGGCGGCUCCGCAGGCUGUGCGCCGAGUCCGUGCUGCGGCGCCCCCUCGGCCACGGGCGCACUGGCCACCCCCUCCCGCAGGAACUGCACCUGCUCGGCCGUGUUGGUCACGGGACCCCACAGACAGGACGUAGAGGCAGGGUCUGCCCACGCCGUGCGUCCCUGUUCUGCACACGAGCCCCACGUGUCUGUGACUGCGUCAGCGGGAGUGCACACUUUUGCUGGCCUGAAUGGAGUGGCGAGGGCCGAGUCCAGGCCCUCGUUCCCGGAGGAAGCAGAAGCAGGUCAAGGGCCUGUGCUAGUCCCGAGUCGGCCCCCGGAGUGGGACCAGGCGAGCCCGUCCGCUCGUGGGGCUGCAGCUGAGCAGCAGGGCUGGCAUCCGGCCCCUUGGGGACCCAGGGGCCCUGCUUGAGUCGGGGGGCGCAUUGGGAGCAGCCUGGUCUGCAGCUGACAGUCGGGGUCCCCUACCGGUGUGUCCAGCUGAACACCCAAGGGCCCGGAAGCGAGAGGAAGUGGUGUGUGGGCCCCUUCCCCAUGAACCCUGCAGACUCGCGUCUCUCCUGAUUCUGCCAGCGCCUGCAGGACCAUCUCCUCAAUAAAGACGUCGGCCCGCAGAGGGCAGGUCUUGUCUCGGA